AUUUAGCAUAACAAACAUCCGCAUGUUAUUUCCUAGGUCAUGUCUUGCUAGAAGUCUUGCUAAGCGCAUGAAAAAUAAACCAAGAGAGUAAAACGAACGUUCGGCCAAGGUAAGUUCCGAAACAUUUUUAUAACUAACAGCAUUUCUUUACGUUAUUCCUUGACCACAGGUGAUAACUAUAUUCGCUCCUUUCGCCUUAGAACCAUUAAGAUCUUUUAGUACUUUAUGGUCUCUCUAUCAAGAGACUAAACUAGAAAUGUAGUCGCAUGGGAUUAUUUUAUAAUUCAAGAAAUUGUAAACUUUAAGCCCGAUUUAAUGUACAGGCAAAAUUUUGUUAGGUCUUGGGGUGAAUUAAGGAAUUAAUUAUCCUUUUUUUUAACAAAAGAGCAUGAGAUCUGACCGUGAUUGAAAAUCAGCCGGACAAAAUUAUCCGAUGGAAAAUUGUAAACUGCGUGAACAAUCCUUUUCUCACUCCCUCCCUCUCUCUCCCUCCCUCUUUGCUUGUUUUUGUCGUUGGCGCGAAUACAACAGAGGAAAACACAAAAAUUAACGUAUUUUUUUUAUCUGAGGAAAGUGCACCGGGCAUUUCAAAAUCGGUUCAACUAAAUUAGUUACCUUCCUUGAGGCUGUUUCACCGUUGUGAAAGUUUUUUAAACUUUCAAUCGUUUUGAGUCUGUGUAUGAAAUCAUAUCAUGAUCAGAUACAUACUGUGUGUUUAUAAUGAAAGCUAUCUACAUAGCAGUGACUUCAUCCAUUAGUUACAAUGUUGUUGAGGUUAUAGCUACGGAGAUUGUUUUUUAGUUCAUUAAUAUUCGUGAUUCUGUUCACGAAAACCUCAAAUGAAGCCCUCAUUGAUCUGAAACGAAGGUUUGGAGCAUGGCUUGUUACGUAAUGCUUAUGGCACUGUUUGUGCGAUGAAAAGAAAUAAGUUUUCAGAAUUUUUAUACUUAGAUUUUCGUAUUUUGUUAUUGAGUCAUUAUAUAUCAACAUCCUAACACCUCAGUAAUCGUCUCCGGUACUUGAAUCAUCAUCAUUCCUUAUAUUUGUCGUUUUAUGACGGUAAUGAUCAAUCAUAUCACCCAACGUCUUUGUGAGGCGUAUAAGUAUAUAAUAUUAAGUAAAAAUUCCAUUGAAACUAAUAUACAAAAAAUACUUAUUUAGUCGUAAAACAUUUUUCAUUACUUCGAUCAUAUUCCGAGGAUAUAUCCACUCGAGUCUGUUUUCUAUGAAUUGUGCGAAUGCACGCACAAACCUGGACGUUUUACAAGUACCCUAACGAAGGUGGGUUACGUACGUCACAUGAGGACAAAACUGAAAACCACACAAAUUUUGUAAGAGGCACGCACUCUCGGCUUUAAGACAUAUCCUAAUAGUUGAGGGUACUCUAAUAACAUGUCGCCAUUGAUUGUUGAUCUUUAGACAAGGUAUUCCCAGUUCAAUUAUUGCAGUUAUUUUCAGUUCAGAAGAAGUCGUCGUAGUACAAGAUAGUGUUAUUCAGCUAUUUCCUGAAACCAAAAAAACAAAACAAAACAAAACAGUUUUCAUGGCAUUGAAAUGCCAAGAAAUUUCGAUUAAGGUUUACGAGGGGUUUACAUUGGAGGAAUUUUGCAAACUAUCGAAAAUUCAACGAAACUGACUUAGCUUUAGCCUGCGAAAACAGCCGUUUCUCCUCGCUCAACCUAGCGGCGAUGAGCGAAGAGCGAGGAGAAAUGGCUGUUUUCGCAAGCUUACUUUUCUGUUUGUAGGACUUUGAAAAAACCUUAAAAUACUUCUCUCUCAUAUCCUUCGAUUUGCUGAAAAAUGGGAGGAUUCAAGACAAUGAAAAUUAAUUCGCUUCACCAAGUUUUCGAUUAAAAUCUUGAUUCUUAGCGAAAAUUUUGAUAACACGAUUUUAGCUCCAUCAUUUCAAGAAUUGUAAUGGGGGCACCAGAGUUUAUUUCAUCUGUUUGUGUCACAGGAGUAAAAAGAUUUCACUCUUUUCAUGGUUAUUUCAUGCACUACAAUCAACGGGUGUUAAACAUUUAUCUAUUGCUCUAUAGGCGUCAGUGCCUAUCAGUUGAUCAGCUUUGCCUCGAGGCCAGCUAAAACUGAUUGAGGAAUUAAGUCCACAGAACAGUACAGUGAUGCAAGACCUCUAAUUAGCGUAAUUUCAGGAUAACACUAAUACUUUAAAAGACGGCUGAGUGCUAUCUCAAUGUUGAAACUGUGAAAAAAUUGUGGUAAGAAGUCCAACGUUAUAUAUGGAGCGGGGGAUGCGGCGGAGCCAGAUGUCAAGUUUCAUUUGCGCGAGUUUGUUGUUUUGAGAGAGUAAAAAUGCAAACAAAUGCAAAUUUGUCCCAAGGCUUUCGUCCAUAUGAUUUGUGUUCAUUCAUUCAACUGAUGUAUGCAUUAUAAAAUGAGGUCACAGGUGAAGGGCUUAAACAAAAGUUUCAUGAUCUAAAGUUAGUAGUAGAUUAAGAAUAGAAUGACCAUUUGCUUUGUAAGUUUGACAACAAAAAUACAAAGAACCGUUUGGGAGCUUUUUGGAGUUUCUAGAAAUAACCAGACUGAAAAACGUUCCUAAUUUAGAAGCCUCGUAAAGGCGCUGGAAUUUGGUCAUAUCCUUCCUGCUUCAAAAAUUCAUGUUACCGUAAAAUUCCGAAAAUAAGCCCCCGGGGCUUAUAUUUUUCAAAGGCCCUUUUUGAGGGGCUUAUUUUUGGAGGGGCUUAUCUACGGAGGGAAAUUUGCGUUUCAAAAUCGAUUGGGAUAGCCUUAUAGUUGGAAGGAAAUUUAAUGGUUUUGCAUUGUUUCACUUUGUAUUUGAAGGCAAUUCCAAGUACAAGCCCCCAGGGGGCUUCUAUUUGGAGGGGCGAUUUAACGGAGGGUUUUUUGCGUUACGAGCUUGGGGGGCUUAUAUUUGGAGGGGCUUAUACAAGGAGGGGCUUAUUUUCGGAAUUUUACGGUAACUUAUUUCAAGGUGUUUAUUAGUAGUUCAAAAUACUUUCAGCGAGUUAAGUCUCAACUUUUUUCUUUGCCAUUGAGCACUGCUCAACUGUAUCUCAGAAAGUCAAUUUUCUAGUCAUAGAAACGAUUUUUGUUCCCUCAUUUCAGGUUACGAAAUUCAUGCGGUAGAUUAAGCCUGAUUUGGUUACAGUAUGGGUGACAAGAAAAGAAAGAAAGCUUCCAAGAACACCGACAUCAAUGGCGAAUCUCUGCAAGAUUCCGACCGACAGAUAGCUGACGAGGGUGACAUUCCUUUGGUUUUUGUCAAUGGAGAAGCAGGAUUGAACCCUUCUCCUCCGGGUAGAAAGCGAUCGCGUGCAAUCAGCGCGGUGUCCAUGACUUCAGAUGAUGAAUUUGGGGAAGACCAGAAGGUAGGCUGAUUAUUCAAUGUCUUUAAAACAUGAACAGCAGCUAGUGUUUUAUCAUUAGUCAAAAAUUAUCGUGCUUCGUGCUCCAAUUUAUAAAUAGUGAUGAAACAGGUGCUGUGAGUGUUUUGAAAUUCUUCAAAAACGUCCCCGCAUUUUUUUACCUCAAUGGCAUUGCUAAAUAAUGCAUUUCUCGGUAGUUUCUUGACGGGUGCAAUCACCAAACGACGUAAUGGAAAAAGAAAUGAACAAUACCUACACAACUACGCACCAGCGAAACAAUGGUUUUGGCGACACCAAAAAACACUCUAUUUCUUGUUGGUCAGAUAUAGUUAUGUAAAUAUAGUGUGCAACUGAAGUACACAGUUUAUAAUUAAACGUCAUUGCUUGCCUUCCCAAUACUACGGCUAUCCAAAUGAAAGAAAUUACUAUAGUUAAUAACCGCAAAAGAGGAAAAAACUGAAUAUCUCGAGGAGAGUGUCGCUAAACCAAACUGCAACGUGACAACUUGAGCAUUGAUAAUUUUUACGGAAUUACAAACUUCUUAGCGUGAUAACUGUUCGUAGUUUCUGCUGACUACUACAUGUAGAUGUAGAUGUAGAUGUAAGAAUUUAAUUGUUUGUGCCUCAUUUCGCCAUCCGCCAUUUUUGGAACAGUAUCAGUCGUAUACUAACUGGUUUGGUGUUUUUCGCGCUUACAAAAAUUUCUUAAUUAUCAUUCAUUUUUGAAUAAGUUCUAACCUGUUGAACGUUUUUUGCUCGUUUUAGGAUGAAAGAAAUUUAGAAAUUUACAAAAAAAAAAUAGAAAUAACAGACGAGAUUGUUCUCUUAUUUUUAAAGGAAGGAUUCACUGGUCAGAAGUCAACAAUUCUUCAUCAGCUGAUUUUGAGCGGGGAAGUAGAAGAAGUUGAGAAGCUCUUAAAUAAGGGCACAAGUAAGCAAUAUUUCUUUCACUUCUCCUACAGCCUGGCACCCAGAUCUCUAGACAUUCACGAGACAAGAAGGAAAAAUAGCUGGGAACAAGACUACAUACAAACAAAAGCAAAUUAAUUGAACACAUUGAUUGAUGUAGGCAUCUGCUUUACGCCCUGUUAAAGCGCUACUAGAUCGAAAGUUUCAGCAAUAAUCACUAUUGCGUUGACCAAUAGAAGGAUUUAGCCACAGCUUAGAGAAUAGGUCAUUUCCGAGUCGCCCAAAACCUCUGUUUCAAGGCAAGGCUUAAGCUGAGUGCGAGGUGAUCAUUAAUAUGAAAAAGAUUUCUUUAAUUUUCUCAAGCAAAUAAAACUCAUUUUCACAAGAAAGGUUUUGCACUCAGCCUCGUUCAGAAGGUGAGAGUUUUUGGCACUCGGAAAUGGUCUAUUCCCUUUGAAAACUUCUCUGCCUAUACCUGCAACAUACAAACAACGGCUUUGCCAAAAUAAACUGAAUUAAAUUGUGGUUUCCCAUUCAAAGACUUUUUGAAGGGACAAAGUCCAUGCUGCCGUCUCUUCUCAUGGUUUAACCCUUUAAGCCUUAAGAGUGAUCAGUAUCAAAUUUCUCCUUGUAAUAUCAAUGUUUUGUGAAACAGAGUGGUCAUGAGAAUUACGGACAUGAUCACAAAAGAUGAAUUUUAUCAACUUCUCCCCACUACUUCUGUAGGAAAUGAAUAGGGGCUACAAAUAAGAAUUCAUAUUUUGAUCUUAGGGUUUAACGGGCAAAAAUAGAGACUAAAAUUUUAAGUACUCAGAAAACUUAAUCUCUUUUUGGGAGCAUCUUGUUCUUAUGUUUUCUCUAUAACGUAUAUUAUCAAUGACAGAUGUUAACAACAAGGACAAGUCAGGCAAAACACCUCUUCAUACUGCCAUUCUUUCAAAACAGUUCAGAAUUGUUGAUAGGUUACUUGAGAGCGGUGCUGACGUCACUAUAACUGAUGAAGCUGGCGACACUGCUUUGCAUACUGCAAUUCAUGUUGGCAGUGAGAAACUGGUUUUGGUGAGUAUUUACGUUAUAACGCCAUUAAUUAUUCAUGCCCCUUGUAAUAAGAAAUAAAUACAGAAAUAAUAGAAAGAAUACAGGUUUAAAUUCGAGAUAAACACUGAAACAUAAACAGGUAACAACUAUAGAGAAACAAAUUUCCAAAGGUUGCUAAACAUCUGUAACAAAAAGAAAUUCAGACUGAACAGAAAUUUCUUGGACCCGAAACAUGUCUUAACUGAUCACGUGAUCUUUGAUCGUGAUGAAUCUUGUACGCUAUUUAUUUCCUUCCCCUUUCGUAAGAGAGCGGAGAACCCUGGUAAGCCCUGGUAACGAGGUUGUGCUUCUAAUUCUUGUGAGUGCCAGAUCUCUUUUGUCAGUGAAUGAUUGGAGAUGUAGUGUUUCAGGCGUUUAGUUCUAUCUGGAAGGAUACAAUGGAUAGCAACUACGAACCCUGUUACAGAGACCAAAUUUAGUUCAAACCACCGGCCUUACUGUUCAAGACGUCUACCCUCAAUCCACUUAAUAUGCAGUUUAAGCAUCUCUUAUCAUCUUUUUUCUUUUUAGAGAGUAUCAGAACUAAACGGCAGAUUUCUGUUCCAAGAACUGCGCUUUAGGAAUAUGGUUUCCCUCCUUCACCCUCACUCGCGCGCCCUUCAUGUACACGCGCAUCUUAGCUUCAUCUCCCUUCCAACCCCCCCUCCCCCCCAUCUCCCUUCCAAAAAACCUGCCAUUCAGGCCACCGUAUUGUAAUCACGUGAUAGUAUUUUUGCAGACCUUACUAGAGCAAGGGCGGGCAGAUGCGAAUGCUUUGGGUCGUAACUCGUGUACGCCGCUUCACCUUGCUGCUGAGAUGGACAAUGAAAACAUUUGUAAAAUACUGGUAGGUGCUACUUGUAGCCCACUGUUAUGUUGUGAACUCUUCUGCUUCUGCUUGCGACGCACUCCAAUAAUCUGGUUAUCACUAGAUCGUAAGCUAGAAAGUCAUAAGUGGAAUUGGUCCUUUGGAUCUGUUUUUACUACAUCAUGAGGCUCUGCGCAUGUAACUAUGACUCCAACUUUGAUUCCGACUUCGUUGCUAAUAAAAACUAGCCUUACACGGCACAGUAACAUUAAGGACUAAGUUUAACUUUCACAGAAUAUCGAUGAUUCUUCGACACUGAGGUAAAUUUGUUGAAUCCUAUUCUAUUUUUAUAACUGCAUUAGAUUGAACAUUCAGGAAACCCGAAAAGUUUGGACGAUGAUAAAAUGACACCUGUAGCUCAUGCUAUGGAACGAGGUGCAAAGAACUCAUCAGCAUUCCUUCUUCAACAUGGUAUGUCAGCAAAUUUAAACGGUAGUUUUUUACGAACACUGACGCUAGAUAGCUGAACAAACAUUGUUACUUUUUCAGCCCUAGGGCAGGGGACAGCUGAAGAUUUCUUAUAUGACGUUGACCUUGAUGGCAGCUCCCUUCUCCAUCUGGCCGUUAACAGCGGUGUUCUUGCGGUAAGCAUGCCUUAACGUUCUGUGCUGCAAACAUAGCAAUCGACAAGUAACUUAAGUAACUAUUCUUAGACAAUUACAGAGCAUGCGCAGUUGUCUUUGGUAAUGUUUACUUUCAUUUGAUUAAAAACGUGCCGCGAGAUUUUAUGCCAAUCACACAAGGAAGGGGAAUGCAAAACAAGCGUUGCCUUUCUCGUAGAUUUCUUAAAUUUAACGCUAUACUCUCACAACUAUUUCUCCUUUCAGGUUGUCGAGCUCUGCGUUGAAUAUGGCGUGCGCAUUAGACAACCGAGGGUAAGAUAUAAUCAUGUGUCAAAAAAGUGUGUGCGAACUAAUACAGUUCUUGGGGUGACGGUCUUAUGAAUAACGUUUAAAUUGUUUAAUUUAAAGGAAGAAUCAUUUCUAGCAGCUAUUUAGUAUCCUAAGGACGUUCUUUUUUCCGAUUAGCAUCAAAAUGGGCUCUGCCAACAGAAGUCAGCACGAUGACUUGUUACUAGUUCAGGUAAACCUGCUCAAAACAUCUGGAACACUUGAGGAAAUUAGGCGCAAAGAUGCGCGCACACUUUGAUCGCUAAAUCAACUCGUAUUCUACUUCUUAUUCUUCCUACUGUAUGCUGUCCCACUCUCCCCCAAGCAAUGAUGAUUGUAUUAAAAAAGACUGGCAUGCAUAAGAUUAACACUGCACCGGGGUAGAGAAAAUGCGUUGCCUUAGAGUUCCUGAGUGUUUUGACCAGGUUUGAAGGUUUAUGUGACGUAUAUCCUCUAUACUGCAAGGACUGGAAUGUUGAUAUUUUUCCGAUCCCUGCACAGAGACUUGACAAGGUAACAGCAUUUCAUAUGGCUUGUGAACUGGGAUCAAUGCCAAUAGUGGAAUAUAUGGUCAGUAAAGACCCCGCAGUCUGUAGAAUAACUCUUGUAGACUACAGAGGAAUGACACCACUUCACUUGGCUGCUAGUAAAAACCAAGUCCAUGUCGUCGAGUUUCUUCUUGAAAAAGUAAGUAGUUAUUUCUUUACUGGUAGAUAUAUUUUUGGUGAUGAUCAUAGACUCCUGCGAAAUCUUAUUGUGGAACUCAGAAAACCGUGAGAUCUACACAUAUUUUUGGAAUGCAAAGAAGAACCCUAUCAUGUGUGAUCAAAACAAUGUAUAGCAUGCAGCAAGAGUAAUUUUUUGGUGGUUUUGUGGUUUUCUUGGGUGAACUGUAACUUAGAUUGGCCAUGAUAGUAAAACGUAUAGAGAUGUAGGGUGGAUUUCUACUGUCACGCAAACACGCACGUAAACUUAACGCGCGUGAAUAAAAUAGAGGCAAAGUAUAAAAUGCCGCAAAUAAACAUUACAGUUCAGCGAGAGUUUCAACUUUUCUGUUUUACGUGCGACCUUCCAUACACUUCUUCACGAGCGUAUCCACGAACAAAAUAUGCCACAGUGGAAAUCCAGCCUGAGGCAUGAGGUUUUUUCUACCCAUAUUCCAUGAAUAACUAUCCUGUAAGUUCCAUGUUAUUGUGGCAGUUGUUUUAACUGCGAGUUAAUAUGGAUUUCUGGCGUGAAUUUCCAGCGAUAUAUUUCAAAAUCUGUGCCACUAAUUGCAGGAUCCUUUAAAAGAUAUUUUUGAUCAUUUUACAGAAGCCUUUCCGUUCCAGCUCAUAACAUCAAAAUCUCAAUCAAGCCGCUGCAAGAUAGCAGCGAGCUAAAUCGCGAGUAGCCUGCAAAGACGAUUAGACGAAAACUGUUUGUAGGUACUCUUUGUGAAAGGUUGCAAUAUCCUUGUUAAAGGCUGCUUAUUUGGUUGCAAAAUGCUACUUCCUUUGUGUAAUUGUACGUGCGGGUUAUACAUAACAUAUACAUAACAGAGCCCGCUAUCGCAUAAAGUAAAGAAGGAUGAUAAAUUUUACGCUAACCUAACUAAUCUGUGUUCUUGUUUUCGUACUCAGGGAGCCGCUGUCGAUCCCAAGUCGGACGAAAGACGCACUCCUUUAUUCCGAGCUGCUGAUAAAGGAGCGGCUGAUGUUGUUAAACUCCUUAUGGAUCGUGGUGCUGACGUCACCAUCCGGGACACUGAGCUCCAGUCUGUAUUACACGCAGCCGUGGGUCAUCCUCGUGCAAUGGAGGUUCUUUUACUGGUAAGGGUUCCUCAUAGAAAGACCAGCAGCAUUCCGUGGGGUCAUCCUCGUGUUAUGGAAAGGUCUUCUAAUGCAUACAAGGAGUAGUGAGAGUCAUGACCAACUAUUCCUGUCAACAUUACUGUCAUUUGUCAAGGCUAAUUACAUAGUUAGGCAGACGUCCUGUCUCCUUUUCUGCACUGAUGAGAUAGUGUGAAUCCCCGGCACUCCUCUGAUCUUUCUUUUAUGUAAAGUAACCUAGAGCAACAUUCCUUAAUGUUAAAACUUACUGAUUUUAGUUUCGUUAGAUAGACUUAUUCUCUCUCUGAACUUGAACUGAGGCCUUCAUUUGAAACCUUGUGAUGCUGUGAAAAAGUCCGGGUUAGAGCAUGUACUCCUCGAUUCGACAACGAUAAAAAAUAGCUUUCGUUUCAAUCUCUUCAGAAAAAUAUCUCAAAAUAAAACUAAAAAAUUUCCUUGCCGGUCAAAAAAGUCAGUUUUCCUAAAAUAAAUUAUUGCAUCUUUUAAUAAUUUCUAACCGUUGUUUACGUAACUUUCAGAGCCCUGCAGUUAUGUCACUCAUCACUGAGAAAGAUGUUCAUGGAUUCUCUGCUGUGCACUACGCAGCCAAGAAAGGAGACAUAAAGGUCUGAAUUGAAAAGUCUGCCUGCCUAACCGCGGCAGGGUUAGCACAGCUGUUAGAGCGUUGAUCUACAAGAGCAAAAGGUCUCGGGUUUGUCAACGACAACCGAAGUAAUUCUUUUUUCAAGGAAAACUGUUUAUAUAUCGACCGGCAUCCAUAGCUUUCUGUUCACGUUUUUUUGUCAGUAAUUUAGCUCUGCGGCACAGACUUGGUUUUUCGUUAUAAAAUGACUCUGCGAUUCAUAACUAAAUCUCCACUCUGUGAAGGCCUCGAGAUAUUGCUUUCUUCAGUGUUUAAUGCCGUUACACUGACAUCGUGCGAGCUUAACUGUUACAUUUUCCUCAGCUUAGCAAAUAACAAAAAAAAAAUACCCGGAUUCUAAUGUUAUUUUUGCGACUUUGAAUCAACAGAAUCUGGAACUUUUAGCGGCCAAGAACAAAACAGCAGCAAGUGUGACGUCAGAUUCACUGGACACACCUAUCCACGUGGCCGCUAAGUAAUGACCUCUUUGAUAACGGUUUACAUUCCUGAAUUUUACUGGAGAAGAUUUCUUUCACUCCAUAUGUAUUAUCAGAAUGGGGCAUGGACAACUCAAAUUGCACAAUUACUUCUAAUGCAAAAAGGACGGACGCACCCUUCAAACGCACUUUCUUCUUUUUUCUUUUCUAUAGACUGUCUAAAAUGUCCUUUAUUUUUUUGCUGAUUGGCUGUGCCAUAUUAAAAAAGACCUUCCAUACGUUUUUGGCGCAAAAUUCACCUGUGGAAAAUUCCACCGGUGACAUUAUAACAUUUGACUAAUUGGAGAGUGAGUUAUAUUUGACGCCACUCCUGAAACAGCAUAUGUCAAUCAUUUUUUCCCGCUUGAAUUUCUAAUAUGAUUCAAAUCCAUUCAGGCGAAAUAAGUCGUCCUCAAGACUUAAUUCAUCCCUCUCUCGGUCCCUGCGCGACCUCAUAAAAUCUCGCUUUGCUUGCUUUUAAGAAUUUAUAAGCGGUCGACACGUUACAAGUCUACCUUUUCUUUAGAUAUGGCUGGACCGAAGCCGUGGAAAAGUUGAUGGAUCGACAGAACGCGAGGAUAUUAAAUCUACAAAACAGUCAUGGACGAACACCUCUACACUACGCAUGCUUGGAGGGAAACGAUAUUACAACUGCAGCACUUCUGAAGCUGGGGGCGACUGUGGAAAGGUAUACAUGGACUGACAUUUUGCGCAUUAUCACAUGUCAGUAUAUUGAAUAAGUAUGAGAAAGGAUAAGUAUCAAGCACCCGAAGAGAAAACUGAUCAUUCGUCAUCAAACCCAAACGCUUUUAAUACCAACAUUCAAUCAAAAAAUGAAGGAACUAACUAGAAAAACUACUUAUGAGAGUAACAGUUUAGGACUAUACCCACAAACGAAUCUCAAUAUUGGAGCCACGAUACGCAAACACGUUGUGGUAAAUAGAAAAACCACUGGACAGAAAGACAUGCAGUGUUGGGCAACUUAGAAAACUUGCCGUUUAGGCUUCAUUCAUAAAGUAAUCAUAGGGGUCAAACUUUCAGUGGUUUGUUCAGGAAAUUACUACACAUUUGAGUUGGUGGUUGAUAAUACCUGCAAGAUCCAAGCAUUUUUUUGUUUCAGAGAUCAAAACGAUCGUUCUCCUCUUCAUUUGGCCGCGCUCAAAGGUUCUGCACAAUGUUGUGAGGCUAUUCUUCAAAAAUUUGAUGACUGUGUCAACUGGACAGACAAGAAUAAGGUAACAUUUUUUGCAUUUUACUUGAAAGUGAUAAUAAAUUAUUAGAAUAAGGUUAACUUUGUUUUAUGCCGAAUGAAUGCUGGAGAAAGAUUCAACAGAGGGAAAUUGUCAUUACCAAUAAAGACGAUAUUAUGACAUGUGUUCAGGAGAAUAACUUAAAAAACUCAGGGAAAUUCUAUGCAUUCAAACCAGAAAGGUUAUGUCUACCGACAAAUUCAGGGAAACAGCUCUCUCGCCUUGGCUUUUGAAUGUGCAGAAGAGUUACUUCUCUACCUCUUUUUUCGGAGUACCUUCUCAGUCAGUUAUCCCUUUUAAAAGUUUCUUUACUAAACAAACUGCAACACGUUCAUUUCAAGCACUCCGCUCUCUGGAUGGACCCAAUUAGAAUGUUUGGAAAAUGUUCCUAUUUUUCCGGUAUUGGAACUGCAUGCAGUAUAAUCGAACGGAUAUUCCGGAUUAUCAUCUGUAUUCUUAUUCCAGAGUAAGGUCAAUGGAACGCACUAUAAGUAAAUCACACCCACAUUAUUAGUAUUAAAUAUCUAUUUGUCAUUCACAGAACACUGCGUUACAUCUAGCAGCCAUGUAUGGUCACGCCCCUGUCGUGACGUUACUGCUUUCGAACGUGAAAUCUGAAAUCACGUUGAACAACACCAAUGAUAACAUCCUGGAUGCAGCUGUUAAAGAAAAGAGAAGUGCUGUUGUCAUGGCGAUUGCUGAACACGACAGGUAAUACAAUGAUUACUAGCCUUGUGGUGCAUGUUUAUAAAGUACUUUUGCGCAAGAGUUAAAAUAAAUUCGUCAGCGCAGAAAGCUUUGGGUACUGACUGAAUCAGCUUUUGAACUCAAGGAAACUAUAGACUGAGAAAUCUUUAGGACUGUAUAUAAUUCAUGAACAGCGUUGUUUAACGGACUUUCGUUUAUUAACUUUGAAAAAUAACUUGAGUUCUUCAUACUGUUCUUUCACCAACAGAUGGAAAGAAAUUUUGACUAACUGCACAGCAGGCGUAGUUACAAUGCUACAGAAACUGGUAGAAAUCAUGCCAGACACAGUUGUGGUAGGUACCUUGUGACCCUCAGCAUUUGGCCAAUAGGAAAAGAAAGAAAGCGCGCAGAGAAAAAAAAAUAAAAAUGUUAAAAUACAGUUUGAUUGGCUUUAAGCUUCGUCCAAACAGAUCAAACAUGUGUGGUGGUUACAACUUCAUAUCAUCCAAUUAUUGUUUCCUGGUGCAUUAUAUCAGAUCCCGUUUGAAAAUUAUGUUGGGUGAUGUUGAAUGCUGAGUCACGUUUGAAUGAGUUCAAACGGUCAACAUUUAUUUUGCUAUUUCGUUGAUCUAUUAUAUUACAUGUUUGCCAAGCUUAAAGCUUUGGCAAUAACUUUGGAAAUGCGGGCGCAAUUAUUCUUCAUUCUUGAUUUAUACUUUUACACUUCGCACACCUAGUUUUCUCCACCUAAAAAUUUCUGUGCAACAAAUUUUAGUGAGUUUUCGGUUCGCUUAAACACCUCACCCGACUCUAUUCAACACUAUCCAGCUUAACUGGACCCGAUUUCCACAGGAAAACCUUAUAAAAUACUCUUUCUAAGUUAAGUGCCCUCGUGUGUUUCAUUGUUUUUCAUGUUUUUAAAAUCACCAAUCUUUCUUCCAGCGAUUCUUGGAUCAGCUUGUUACUGAGUCGGGAGAUCCGGCAAGUCAGAAUUAUAAGGUACUAUGGUUUACAUGAGCAAAUCAGAGGCUGUGAAGUUACAAUCGUGCUCUUGCAAUGCACUUUGCAAGGUGUUUGAAUAACACUCUGAAGUUGCGUUUGACAAUCGUGUUUUAUUAUGCAAAUUAUUUUAGUUUCAUAAACCCUUAUUAAUUUGUUUGGAACCAUUUAGUCAUUCCUCUUUUUUAUACUGCGCAACCUUACUACGUAUCCUUGCUUUGAAAACUGAAAUCUUUCCAUGAUGGCGGCAGCCAUCAAAGAAGAGGUAGAACUUUAAAAACUAAAGGCGAUAAAAGAGGACAGAAUGGCAGUAUGCCCCAAUACUUAGCAGGUACUGCACCCCUCUUUUUCUUUCAUCCUUUCGGUUAUCAUCCUGUAUCUUUGAAUGAAAAAAGGACAAGCAAGAAAAUAUAACAUCAUUAACAUCAUUAUAAUUUCCCAUUUUCUUAGGUUACGUAUGACUUGGGUCUAAUACAAGGAAUAUUUGAAGAAACGGAGGGCAAAGGACGAAAACGAACCAUGGAUUCUGGAGAAAAGGUACAUCAAGGAUGUGUUACGUCUACAAGGCAUUGAUAUCUCUAGAAUCAUUUUCUUAAGAAGGGAGGAAGAACAGUAAAAGUCCUGCUUUCAGGUCAUGGAAUCGAACAAACAAAGACCACCUGCAAGAAAUUUGAUUCCAUCAUAGAUAAAAAGAACACCAGGCUUACUACAUAUAAAAUUCAUUUUUCAGACGCCUCCCAAAGAAGAAGUUAAUGUAAUCAGCAAUAAAAAGAAAAGCUCUGAGGAGAAACAGCAUCUGAGCUCUAUGGCUUUAAUAGAGGUAACAAUGAGUUAGAACGUGAUGCAUCACGGUCGCCUUCAUUAUAACCAUAUUGACGAUAACUGUAAUCGAAAAUUUACCACAUUGUCAUCAUUGUAUUGUUUUAUAAUUGUACUCAAAAUUAUAGUUGUUUCACAUUAAACUCAAAAAUACCAUCACAAUCACGAUCGUACGUAGUCAUCAUCAACAUCAGCACGUACAUAAACAUCAUCAUCAUCUACAUCACCGACGUCAACAUCUACAUCAACUACAUUAACAUCAAUAUCGUCAUCAUCUACAUCAUCAGCAUCAACAACAUGAACAUUAACAACAUCAACAUCAACAUCAUCAUCAUCAUCAUCAUCAUCAACAUCAAUUUGAUUAUCAUCAACAUCAACAACAUCAACAUCAACAUAGUCAACAUCAACAUCAUUAUCAUUAACAUCAACAUCAUCAUUAACAUCAACAUCAACAUCAACAACGUCAACAUCAUCAUCAUCAUUAUCAGCAUCACCAUAUCAUCAACAUUAUUAUCAUCAACAUCAACAUCAACAUCAUCAUCAUCAUCAUCAACAUCAGCAUCACCAUAUCAUCAACAUUAUUAUCAUCAACAUCAACAUCAACAAUAUCAACAUCAUCAUCAUCAACAUCAGCAUCACCAUAUCAUCAACAUUGUUAUCAUCAACAUCAACAUCAUCAACCUCAACAUCAUCAACAUCAUCAUCAUCAACAUUAUUAUCAUCAACAUCAGCAUCAUCAUCAUCAUCAUCACCAUAUCAUCAACAUUAUUAUCAUCAACAUCAACAUCAACAACAUCAACAUCAUCAUCAUCAACAUCAUCAUCAUCAUCAACAUCAGCAUCAUCAUCAUCAUCAACAGCAUCAUCAACAUUAUUAUCAUCAACUUCAACAUCAACAUCAACAACAUCAACAUCAUCAACAUCAGCAUCAUCAUCAUCAACAUCAUCAUCAUCAACAUCAACAUCAUCAUCAUCAGCAUCAGCAUAUCAUCAACAUUAUUAUCAUCAUCAUCAUCAUCAUCAUCAUCAUCAACAUUAUUAUCAUCAUCAUCAUCAUCAUCAUCAUCAUCAUCAUCAUCAUCAUCAUCAUCAUCCAUCAUAUCAUCAACAUUAUUAUCAUCAUCAUCAUCAUCAUCAUCAUCAUCAUCAUCAUCAUCAUCAUCAUCACCAUCAUCAUCAUCAUCAUCAUCAUCAUCAUCAUCAUCAUCAUCAUCAUCAUCAUCAUCAUCAUCAUCAUCAUCAUCAUCAUCAUCAUCAUCAUCAUCAUCAUCAUCAUCAUCAUCAUCAUCAUCAUUAUCAUCAUCAUCAUCAUCAUCAUCAUCAUCAUCAUCAUCAUCAUCAUCAUCAUCAUCAACAUCAUCAUCAUCAUCAUCAUCAUCAUCAUCAUCAUCAUCAUCAUCAGCAUCACCAUAUCAUCAACAUUAUUAUCGUCAACAUCGACAUCAUCAUCAACAUUUCCAGAAGCUUUUCCUGGUGAUCUUUAAUUUCGUAAACUAAAUAACCACAUUAUCAUUAUCAUCGUUAUUAUUAUCCCAGUGUCAUUAUGCUUUUCAUGAAAUUAAAAGCUGUUUACCUAUAAACUGUUAACAUUUUUGUUCUCUAAAUUCAUCCUAGACCAUGGCCAUUCAUCACCGAGAACGCUGCCUUACUCAUCCGAUUAGCUUUCAUUUGUUAAACACCAAAUGGUAAUUCCGUUCAUAAUGCUUUUUCGUGAUCUUCAACCACUUCAAAACAUUUGUACCUUAACAGUAUAUAUUGCAGGAGGUUUCGUUAAGAAAAAGAAUCAUUCUCACUUCUGACACACUUACUGACCUCGGACAGAACCAUUUGGUAUUUAUUAUUGAAUCAGCUGUAGUGAUUUUCAAUAACUCUUCUUUAGCCCAAAAAAGAGGCUAUAAUGGUACCUUAACGGUUCGAUGUUUUCAAGACUCUUUGUUGGUAGUUACGUUUCUUUAACGUUCGUUUUUAAAAACAAAUGGGAUUCUCAGUUGCUUAGCUUAUGGUUUCAUUCUGGUCAAGUCACCCACAAUGUUUUUUGGGACGCAAUGAUUAAUUAAAAAAGAAACAACAAUCUUAACAACAGACCUUGGAGUAAUUUAUAUACUUUGUGUAUUUUUCAGGAAAAAGUUUGGCUGGGUUACAUUUGCAACCAACCUUUUCUUCUAUUUUUUGUUCAUUACACCGCUGACCACAUUAGCAGUAUAUUCACGCGUCAAUGAGGAUGAGCUAUGUGGCUUCAACUCUUCUGAUCAGAAUGAGGUUAGGCUACUAAGUAGGGAGUUUAAGCAAAGGUUUGAGCAACGGACAUCAACCGGAAGUGGACUUUUGACAUUCUUGGGCAGUGUUUUUCUCAAAUUUUCGGACAAAUCGCCGUUAUAAGGGUGAAGAAACUUAGCAUCACAAAUUUGGGGGCGUCAAGGCAAGGCGAGAGUUGGCUGUAUUUAUUUUUAUUAUUUUUUGUUAUAUUGCCUUCGAUAUUUAUUAGGUUACUAGAUCUUAAAUCCCCAUCAAAGCGUUUGUACUUUCAUAAAUAACCCAAUAUAACCAAGUAUCACUUAAUUCUUGUUUUUUUUAGAACAAAGACGACCACAAUUGUACUUUCAGCAGUGUGGUAAGAGACGACGUUCAUGAAAUAGGCCAUUUCCGAGUUCGUAAAAUUCUCACUUUCAAAAAGAGGCCAAGUGCAAAACCUUUCUUGUGACAAUGAGUUUUAUUUGCAUGAGAAUAAAAAAAUGGCUUCGCACUUAACCUCGCUUUGAAACAGAGGCUUGGGCCAACUCGGAAAUGACCUAUUCGUUCUUCUAUUUAUCAGUUAUAAAUUAGACUGCGAGCGGUCGUCCUUCUUCUCUCAGAGCCACGCGCGGCGAGCGAAAAGGUAAAAUGCGUGGCUUCGCCGUUCACCCCUCGCGCGUGCCCUCGUUUCUCGUGCUUGCAUGCUGCCGGGUCUCAAAAGAAAAAUAAGAGACUGCUCGCAGUCUACUUAUAAAUAUUCAGAGUUAAAUUUACAUUAAUCAGUCCACUUUAAAAUCUUCCUUUGUUUUCUUAAAUAGGUGGUCCAGGUGUUGAAUUACUUCGUUUUGGUCAUGGCGGCAGGUCAUCUCUUGAAGGAGAUUUUAUCCCUUUUUUCUCAGGUGAGGAGAAACAGCCCACCGUAUAUAGCUUACUACAAUCUUCAAGGCAAUAACUACAACAUGGCUGAAAUUUUUGAGUUCCUGUCGUUAUUCACUACGUUAGAAAGCGAGGGGAACUGGUGCUGAAAUGUGCCCGCAAUUGUUUCUGGGAUUGUUACUAAGGACGUGCCGCUCAGUUAUUGGUCAAUUUUUUCCCCUGUCCCUAGCAACAGUCCCAUAAGUCUUUGCGAAAUUUGACUCGGUCCAGUGUCUUUCUCAUGUCUAAAGUGCCAAAUUGUUUUUGUGUCGGGACGACAUUACACGACUAGCAUCUAUUCAUUAAAUUUCCACUGUGUUAAGAGUCUUAACACAAUGCAAAUGUUAAGCACAUUGUCAGAGUUGGCCAUCCUUAGGUUGGGUGAACGACUGGGUCGCUGUUGUGUCCAACUACACUGUGGGACUGUUUCUGGGGCCCAAUUUGGAUCCCAUCUUCCGCGCAACUACAAAUUGAAAUAGCCAAUGAAAGAAGCGCCGACGUCGCCGACAUAGUCCCAUAGUUCAAUUCGACACAACACCGACCCUCACCUUCAUCUCCUUCAAAAUGGUUUAUUUUCUUACGAACAACAUUCAAAGACUCGGCAGGAUUGAUAUUUGAACCAGCAAUUAGAAGUGUAAACCAGCAAUUUUGGUGCCGCUGGCCGAAGGUGAAUACCGAGCGUUAAAAGAAAUUAUGUUUAUAAAUAGAUAAAUUCCAGCUUUUUAUGGUUUGAUUUAUAAAGCUAUGUGUUCAAAGAUAUGUAGCUUUUUAAUCUUUCUUUGUGUUUUGAAUUAAAUCGUUUUAUCUUUUCACUGCAUUGCAUUCAGCUGAUCUUUUUUAUCUAGCCUGUAACAUUAUAUAUGUCUUUUUAUCUAAUGAGCAAUAAAAUAAUUAUUUACUCAUUUAUUGAUUAAGUGUAGUGAUUAUUCAGUUGCCUUUCUGAAUCUUUGUCAUUUGUCCUAAUUCGCAGCGAAUGACAUAUAUUGAGGAUGUGAGUAACUAUUUGGAGUGGAUUUGUUAUAUAACGGCUAUUCUGUAUUGUAUACCGCCUUGUGACUGUCGAGCUGGUUUUAAGCAAGAAGUCGGCGCGAUCGCUUUGUUCUUCGGGUGGAUGAAUCUUAUUUUGUACUUCAGAAGGUAAGUUUCCAGAUUUGCCCUUAAAAAAAAAAUCCUCAUCACGCAGACUCUGCUUCAAAAUUUUAUUGUUCUCCUUCAUUACUUAUAAUUAGGUUCGGUACUUGUGAACAACGCUUGACCCAAGCCUAACUUUUCGAAAUAUUUACACAGCUAAGAAAGUUCAGGUCUUUGGUUGUGUUUGAUUUCUUGCGCCAAAAACUACACCAAACCUAGACCUUUUACAACCUUUUAAAACAUGGGUGCACCUCUUUAAUCUUAGCUAUGCAUCAUAUUCUCAACUCUUUCGGCACGUUUUACGAGCGUAUCAUGCCUUAAAAACAUGACAAAAUCUUCACGCUCUACGCUCAAUAUAAACUUCGCAAGAAAUAUUUAUCUUUAGCUUCAUUCAUUCUUCUAUAUUUGCAGGCUAAAACAGAUGUUGUUGCUCUCUUUUAGGUUGUCUUCUUAUGGGCAGUACGUUAUCAUGUUAUCCACCAUGUUUGUGACCCUGGUUAAGGUUUGUAGGUGGCAUCUGUUUCAAGUUUGUUUAUAACCAUUUUAAAACAUGAGAUAAUGGUACAGUAACACGAGAAGAUGUGUUAACAGAAAUCUUCAAUCCGGGAAGUGACAAGCGCGAGACAUUUAUGACGAAGAAAGCCAAGCAUAAAUUUCCACUACCUUGCAUGUGAAUAGCUCCCUCCGUUAUAUUUACUGUGAGGAGCCUGAGGAUCGACGACAGGCGAAGAGUCACUCCCCGUUCACAUCCCAUUCUCCUACCUUUUCUCUAAAACAAGACAGUGGAGCCUACGGAGGAGGUCUCCUUCAUGUGAAGACACUUUACAUAACGUUGUGGGAAUAACGCAGAAAUGAAUCUGAUCAUGAUAUGAGUAACAACUAACGGAUGCAAUUUUCUUUUACACAGGUUUUGCUUCUUUGGAUGUUGUUCAUCAUGGCGUUUGGAACAACGUUUCUGAUGCUGAUGGAUGAGGUAACUGCAUGUUCCAAUGGGGGAAAAAAGUAAUUAUAACCAAAAACGUAACAAUGGUGCUAAUACGUUUGAACGCUCCUUCAAACACACUCACAUUGCAUUGUUUGAAAAGUCUGUGAAAAGUCGUUAGCGUUAUUAUGAGAUUUAAUCAAGCCAGCUCCAUUGCAAGACCCCAAUCUACGGUGUAUGCUGUUUGUUUCUUUUUUUCUUCAGCGCAACAGAAUGCGGCACGUCUUCCUUGCCCCUAGCCUACGUGUAGCCGCACCCUCCCCCUGACAAAGCAAAAACGGAGAGAUGAGGAAGUGUGGGGGCGAGUGCGGCUACACGUUGGCUACCUCACCCCAAUCUUCUCGACGGCGUUUCCGGCUUGCGCUAGAAUGUUCCCCGAAUUCGCACAAGUGAGCCUGCUGGCAGGCUUCUUUAUCUUUAUUUUUCUUAUCGCAGGAACCGUUCGAUCAAUUUGGAACAUCCUUGAUGACCAUGUUUGUGAUGACCCUUGGAGAACUUAAUUACAGUGACAACUUUCUUGACAAAGAACUCAGUUUUUCUACUCUAGCCAACAUUUUAUUCAUUGUACUUGUUCUCGGAAUGCCAAUAAUCAUGAUGAACAUGCUGGUAAGUGGCCUACACUUAAUUCCAUCCGCCAAACUGACGUUGACACAUUAAUGAUUCGUACACAAAGUAGGGUUAGGGUUAGGGUUAGGGUUAUAUAUUUAAAUCAAACUGGUAUUCGUCACCAAAUCCUCGGUGGUGUAGGGGUUAGAAUGAUGCACUCCAGAUCGGAUGCUCCGAGUUCGAAUCCUACUCAUUCUAUCCUGAAUUGUUUUUUUCCUUAAAAAUUGAAGACACUUUGACUUUUAUGAACAUUUCAUCAAGAAAUUUCAUAUAAGAAAAGUGAAAUGUCUAACCCUAACCCUAACCCUACUUUGUGUACGAAUCGUUAAUGUGUCAACGUCAGUUUGGCGGAUGGAAUUAAGUGUAGGCCCUGGUAAGUUCGUACGACAUUAGUGAGUUUACGCAACAGGACCAGGAAGAAGAGGACCGUAAAACACUUUUUCGUGACAAAGGUUACAUGGCUAUUACUUGCGUGUUUUGUCGGGAUCUUCCCUUGAAAUUAAAUUUUUCUGGUCUUUUACGAAAAGAUCUGUUAAAAGGAAGGUGAAGUUUGGCGGCACGUUUUUCCAACAAACUCAUCGUCACGCUUGUCACACACACAAAAAAAGUUGCUGUCUCCUUUCCUCUCCUGUCCUGUUGCGUAAGUUCACUAUUAUGAAUAACUAUGGUUUGAUUUCUGUACUAGCCUGAGUCAGUUGGGGUGCCUUCCUUUUUGUUUUGGGGGGGGGGGGGGGGGAGAGUGCAUGUGACGGAGGGGUAAGGGCGAACAGAGAGGGGGGUUACUCUCUCCCUUCGCUCUAUGCUUUAUUCGCUUCUCUCUUCCCUCUUUACCCCAGAAAUUUCUAUAAGACGAGAUCACAAUCAUAAUGUGACUGUAGUGCGACUUUGUCUGUAGCGCAACUGAAGCACGAUACAAUGUAAGUGUUUAACGAGCAUCUAAAGAUUGCUUAACAAUGUAUCAUGCUUGGCCACGCGUUACCAUGGUAGAAUGGCUACUGCAGGGAACCGUACAAAUAUUUUGGGGAAUCAUUUCAACUGGGUGCGCAAAUAUUAUGCGCAUACAGUGUGUGAAGAGUGAAGAGUGAUUUCGUAAACGUUAAUAGUGAUUGCCUCAUCGUUACGGGCGAUUGUGUGAUCGUUACCAAAGCAAAGGCAUUAGAAUUGUGUGCACAUAUGAGUAUAACAUGCAUGGAUAUGGAGAAGAGGUACGAUUGCAGCACGAAGAUUCGUGGCUCUACUACUACCAUAAUUUUUCCGAGACACUCUUCAGCUACUGCAAAAUUUGAUUUCUCCCUUGAUAUUUUAGGUUGGUUUAGCUGUUGGAGAUAUUGACAAGAUUCAACAGAAUGCUUUGAUGGAUCGUUACGUCCUACAGGUAGCGUUUUGUGAAUUUUGCAACAGGAAGUACCACGGCAGUAGCUAUCAUUUCAAUGGUUACAAGGCAGGAACUUUUGCAAAAAUUUAAAACUGGCUUAGAGCCAACUUGUACGGGAUAGUGAAAAGAACCACAGGAACGUACUGCACAGUAGCUUUUAUUUGUAUGGUUACACUUCAGUAUUUCACACACAAAUUCAAAGUUAGGAACCACCUUAUACAGCAUAAUAAACUUUAAAACAGGGUGAUAUACUGCUCAUUAUCAUGAUUCCAUCACAGGUUCGACUGCUUGUGGAGAUAGAGAAUUCCCUCCCAAAGUUUAUUUUGAAGAGAGUACAAGUAUACUCGCACACCGAGUUUCCGAACCAACGCAAGACACUCAAACAAGUGGUAUGUGAAAGGGACAGUAUUCACAGGUCACAUGCUAUGGCCUAACAUACCUAAAGGAAUAGGGGACUUGGAACGAGUCAAUUAUGUCGCUGUUACAGUGAUAUGGGCAUCCCUGCGUUUUGGGCAUCCCCAUUCCCAAACCCUAGUGAUAUGGGCAUCCCCUUUAACCCUAACCCAAAUCACUAACAUGAAAAGGGAAUGCCCAUAUUACUGUAACUUCGCUACUCCGACGCUAUAAACCACAGGGCAUUCUCGUCCCCAGAGCCUCCUGGGGACCUGGGCAGGAGAAUGGGACUGGGUACAUUGGCCCAAACAUUUCUGGGAUUGUUUCGGUAGAGAGAACAAGCAAUGGUUAACGGUUGUCUUUAGCUACCUUUCACCAAUCAUAACUUACUCCUUUCCACUGACCCAUUCGAGGAAUCCUCCAAGCGCCUCACUGUUCCAUUUUUCAUUAUUUUUCUUUCAUUCUUUCCCAUGACAAUGCACGCGCCUCAAUUUAACCUAAAUCUCCUGUCACCCCUAAAACAUAUAAAAAGUGACACAGUACAAGUCUGAUUGAUCUGUAUGAAAGUGAUUGCUGAGUUAUCUCAAAAUCGUUUUCCAAGGGAUAUGCAAAUUUAAAACACAUACGAAAAAGGACGAUUAAGUAAAUUGGACCAUUCAGUAAAUUACAACUUAACCUUUGGCGCGACAGUUUGCUUUAACGCCUGUCAAACUUCAAAUGUUUGGCGGCAAAACACGUUCAUCUUUGGCACCCUAUUACAACAUGUUUUCUUGUCUCGUAUUCACGCUUAGAUGCAACCGACGGUAAUAUACACUCUCUUCGACCAAUGCUUCCCUCCUCAAAAUACAAGACCGUAUUUCAUCGGAAACCUAACGUUUGCAACAUCAUUUUUUAUCUGCUUUUUAUCCAUUUCUUAACUUUAUUUAUUCUCUUGCUUAAGUUGGUAGAUGGACUCAUUGGGUUCAAUAAACCUGAAGUCGCAAGAGAAGAGGGACAAAAAGAUGAAAUAUCACCGCAAAUGUUUAAGGUUGUGGAUCGAAUUGAGAAGCAAGACGCAAAGUGAGUACUACGGCGGCUUUUCAGUUAAAGAAUAAGAGACAGUGAAAAAUAUGGGUUUCUGAAACAGAACAGUAUGCUUCAACUUUGUUAGUACCAAUUACAGUGCAAACUCUCAAUUUACGAUAGCAUGAUUGCAAUUGCCUUAGCCGGAUUCUUGGGAUUAAGGGGCUGUUUACAUGGAGGUGGGGAACCUCAGGUAGGUGAGGUAACCCUCCUGUCCAUAUAAUCUCUUAUUUUAAUUUGAUCACGUUUACUUGAUAGGUGGGGUGGCCCGCCACAUGUUACCUCACCUAUCUGGGGCCCCCACUUCCUCGUAAAGAGGACCUAAAAUUGUAAAAUUUCGUCCUCAAAAAUGUCGAAGUUUCAGUUUCAAGAUCUUAACGAAGAAAAUAGCGUGAAAAUAACUAGUAAUCUGUGCGCAAAAGCUUUGCAUUUCCAAGUACAAAUCACAUGGCAAGUUUAGUAGUAAAUCUGAACUAAUCUGAAUCUGCUAAUUCAUCACUAACAAGUUUUAAGGGGGAGAGCCUAGACUACGUACUGUUCGAUUCUGAACAUGUGACAAAUUUUUAAGACAAAACACUCCCACGGACAACUUUUGAUAUAGACCUGGAGCGUCAGUUUUGCUACAGUUACAUUUGUUAGUGGGUAGAAUUUAGAUAAGUUUUAUCAAGUACACUAGCAAAUACCCGCUGUACAUAGUGAGCUAUAAAAUGGGAGUAUACAAGAAGAGCGUUUGAAAACUCCAUUUUUACGUUUUUUUUUGUUUGUUUCAGGAUACAGAAAAUGUUCGAUAUUCUGAGAGAACAGUCAGAACUCCUGAAAGAAAUUCGCCCCAAAAUUCUAGAAAACAGUGGCAAGAAAGAGGAGAAGAAAGAGGAAGCUUCUUUAAUAAGCAAAAGUCUGUUUGGAAUGACUGAAAAAUUUGGAUUUUCAUAAAGUCGUCUGUUUUGUUUAGUUUGAUAUCAGUGAUAACAAAAACAGGAAUAAUGGCUAAUAGAUUUAUAAUGCCCUCUGUAACUAAAUAUAAUUAAUUUAUUUAAGCGUUAGAGAGGUUCGUUAGAGAAUGAUUUCAGACGGGGGGAAUAACCAGCUAGUACACGGACGUGUUGGCUGAAUUGAAUUGAAGAAAAGUGAGAGAAUUCAAAUAUGCCUCGUGGUGGGCUAACCUGCGAAAAAAGCCGUUGCUCCUCGGCUGUUUUCGUAGGCUAGUGGUGGAGUCGCUGUUUUAAGUGGAGACUGAUUUCGAGUUGAUUUUACAGCUACAGCCUGUUAGUCCGUAUAUUUUAAUUUGCCUUUAAAUCUCGAAGUUCAAGUGUUUAACCCUCUAGUGCCCUGCAUUUAAAAAAACAACGUUUUUAAAAAAGAACAGCGAUAACAAAAAGAAAAAAAAAAUUAAAGAAUAAUUAUUUAAUUCCCCAGACAAUAACAAUGUGAGCAAACUGGAAUAAGAUGAAUAUAUGCACAUGUUCUUUAGCCCUUGAAGUCCCAAUAGUGACCAAAAACAAUUUUCUCCCAACGAUAUCCAUAGAUUGUCAUCAGUAAAGUCUAUGAGAAUUAAUAAAAUGAUCACAAAGAGACAAAUAUUUGAUCUUUUACCAAAAUCUCUCAACUAAUUCUUAAAGGAAAUGUAUGGAGAUCAGUUUGGAGAAUUUGCAUGUGGAUAUUGAGGCUUAAAGGGUUAACAUACCCUGCCGCGGAAAGUUCAAGUCCUCUAGCAUUGUAGCACUGUUUUUAUCGCGUAUCCAGUAACAAUGCAACGAACAAGAGUGGCACGCGAGUUAACACUCAUAGCAUAAGUACUUACUACUCAGUUUUUCUCACCCGUUUCAUUUCACAUUUUCUGGUACAUUUCUGAUACAAAUUUUAUAACUGUAUAAGGUUAGGGAUUUCUUUUCCUUCGUAGACUCAAAACGUAAUUGAGAAGGCUACUCUUUUACGCACAAUAUAGACUAAUUUGCUUCGUAAGCGAAACGUCUAGAGGGUUAAACUUGAUAAUUUGAACAGUUCUAGAUCACUGACUACUGCAGUUUUUCAAUGAAAGGAAUAAAGCAUUAAUGUUCUUACAAACGUAAGUUGUUGCUAUACUUUGAUGUUCGGUGUAGCGUUACUAAUACACUGUAUUUGUCAUAUGUUAUAGAAACUUGGCUUUAUAGCCUUUAAAUAGGCCGUAUACUGUUUAUACGUGAAUGAUGUAUGUUUUUGCCUAGGGGUUUACUGAGCUAUGUUGGUCGUAUGAACUACGCAACGUGAAGUAACGAUAUGGGUUUGAGUUCUUAACCACAUUCUAAGCUUUUUCCAUACUUAUCCUGUGUUGUUUCGUAUUUUUUAAUCAACAGCCUUGUUUAAUAAUGUC